AUGAUAAGUGUUUCAAUAUCCAUUCCUAGACAAGAGAGGGAAGCUGUGGAAGAGAAACAGACUAGAAAUCAUAACCAUCAAUUGGGAGUUAAUGAUGAAGAAAAAAAUAAGCACUUAUUGAAGUCAGGACAAUUGGGGAUGUGCAAUGCUUCUUACUGUACAUCAUGCCCAAUAUCUUGCUAUUAUGAGAGACCACUGACCUCAAGAGUUUCACAGCGGUUUGAUCACUAUAAUGAUGAUGUUCAAUGUCGAGGUGCAAAGGCGUGGAAACGGGAAAAGUUAUCGUUACUAAAACAUUUUAUGUUUGGGGUCAUCAAUCUGUUAGAUUACUUGGGUUGAAACUUGUGUAAAUAACAAGC